AAGAGAUACAAUUUAGGGACAACGUGAAACAACCAUGAUCAACGUAUCUAUAAACACACAGACCGUUUUGGCGGGGGUUAAUAUAGGUCUCGUGGUGUAUUACGUCAUCAAACGAAUGCGAUAUCGUCUGCCACCAGGACCACGAUGCAUACCUGUAAUCGGGAAUUAUUCAGUUUAUACCACGCUUGAAAUCCAUAAGAAAGCAGUGGAACUCUCCAAGAAGUAUGGUCCAGUAUUAAGUCUGUCUUUUGGUCCCCAAACAUGGAUCAUUUUAAACAAUAUUGAUGUGGUACUGGAAGCAAUGGUGAAAAGGAAGGCGGACUUUGCUGGAAGACCGAAAUUUGCAUCUGGUGAUAUGUUUACGGAGGGCGGGAAGGACAUUGCCUUUAGUACUUACUCACCAACUUGGAAAUUGCACAGGAAAAUAGCAGGCAAAGCACUAAGGCAUUACUUACAAGGGAAUCUACUUGAAAACAUGAUACAAGACAACAUGAACAAAUUUCUGGAUAAAAUGGCGGAGGAGAAAGAGCCGUUCUGUGCAAAAGAUUAUAUCAAUCUGAUGGUUUUCCAUCAACUCUACACCAUUUGUUUUGGUGAGAAGCGAGCAGUGGAUGACCCAGAAGUGAAAGGACUUCUGAAAUUAGAUGAAAACUUGCUCAACGAUUUGGGAAGCGGUGUGCUAGAGGAUGCGUUUCCAUACUUCAAGGAUAUAUUUCCAACAGCAAUACUCCGAGCCAAAUUCAAAGAACACAUGGACACUUUCGAACCAGGUAUAAACAGGGACUUCACCGACAGUUUACUCAUCGCUAGACAGGAAGUAGAAAAUGAGGGGGAUGAAGCGGCCCUGGAGAAAUUGGACUACACACACUUAGUUCAGACCAUAUCGGACAUAUCUUUCGCUGGAGUGGACACCACCAGAAUGACCAUGGACUGGUUUAUAUACUUCAUGACCAAGCAUCCGGAAAUCCAGUCCAAAUACCAGGAAGAAAUUGACAGAGUUGUUGGUUCUGGUAUUCCGUCGAUGAAGAACAGGAACGAUUUCGAUCUUACAGAGGCGUGUCUAUUCGAGACUAUGCGAAUGGGGAAUGUCGCGGGACUAGGUGUCCCGCACAUGACUAUCUGUGAUUCUCAAGUUGGUGGAUACGACAUUCCUAAAGGCACUACCGUUAUGAUAAACCACUGGGCACUUCAUCACGACCCCAAGUAUUGGAAAGAUCAUGAGACUUUCGAUCCCUAUCGAUACCUUGAUGAAAAUGGCAAAAUGAAACCAACAAGACCUGAUAGCUGGCUUCCCUUUUCAGCAGGCCGCCGAGUUUGUUUGGGCGAAACUGUCGCCAAACCGGAAUUGUUGUUGAUGUGUGCAAAUAUUUUGCAGCGAUUUGAAAUCCGACUUCCGGAUGGCGUCAAAGCAAACCCCGAGUACAAGAUGAUGGGAUUUGGUUUAGAGCUUCCGUCUGAGUACAAGGUUAUUGUAAAAGAGAGAGCGAAGAACUGAUAGGACGAUAAUAGCAUCCGUCAUUGAAUAUAGUAGGAUUAAAAGUCAGUUGUGUUCUAUACAUAGUAACAACGGACAUCAAGCUGUUCAAAUAUCAUGGGAUCAUUUCUAAUCGAAACGUGGAUUGAUUUUGAGGUUGGGUAGAAACAUUGUAUUUAAUGCUAUAGUUAAGUGUUUGUAAUACAUUCAAUUAUUAUUGACACUAAGGCUCAGUACAGGUAUUAUUAACCAUAGUCACGAGUAUAUCUGAUACAUUUAGUACAAAGUUAUCACGCAUAUAAAGGCUAUACAGUAUUUCUCAUAGAUAAUGGAGUCUUUAAGUAUAACAGGAUAAACAUUUUGUAGAAUAAUUUUCAAUUGGAUUAAAAGGAUGUUCACCUGGAA